UAAUAAUAUGCAGUUGGUUAACAUACACAUGAAUAAAAUGUUAUAUCUAUAACUAUUAUUUAAUUAUGUACACCAUUAUCACCAAAUAAUCGAUAUACAGAUCAUAUAUAAAUAAUAUAGGAUUUAAUAUAUGCUGAUCCCUGCUAAUGCUAACCUCAUUUUUAGAAAAUGUUUUCAACUUUUUACUUUAUCUGGGUUAUUUUGUUUAUUUCUCAAAUAUAUUUUAUAAAAAAGUAUUUUAAAAAAUGUGAUACCUGCCAGAUCAUUCAUAGGAGUGACAACUUUCUAAUUAUUAAUAAACAGGCCGACAUUAAAAUUAAUAGCAACAAUAAAAACGAGGAAACCGUUCAAACUUUUCUCAGAAAUACCUGUCCAGAAUUGACCAAUCAAAAGCUGUUUCAUGAAUUUUACUUUCCUCACCGUUUAGAUUAUUCCACUAGUGGGAUUUUGUGCAUUCCAAAAACGAGAGAAGUUUGUAAAAUUGUCUCGGCAGCAUUUUCUGCGAGAACAACUAAGAAAUACUAUGUAGCACUUGUUAGAGGUGUACUUUCAUCAAAUUUUAUAGAUGUAAAUAUAUCUGUAGGGGAUGAUUUAAGAGAACCCCAGAUCCAAAAAAUGUGCACUAGUAGUGAAAAAUCAUUUUGCAAAAAUCCUAGAUCUGCAAGGACAAUUGUGAUGGCCUUGGAGCAAGGUAUCUAUAACAAUUACCCAGCCACAAAAAUAUUGUGCAGACCAAUAACUGGCAGGAGACACCAAAUCCGUGUUCACUGUACUUUUUUAGGUCAUACAAUUAUAGGAGACUAUACUUAUAGUAACAGGAAAGAUAAUAAGACACCAAGAAUGUAUCUACAUGCUAUCAACCUUUAUUUUAGAUUAGUUUUGCCCAAUAAAUUAGAAGAUAUAAAUGUAUUUACUGAUGAUCCUUUUACCCAUAUCAAGGGAUGGAAGAAACUUAAGUUAUUUCAAAGCCUAUCUUCCGGUUAUAUAGAAAUUGAUAGAUAUUCGAAUUCAUUAAAUUGCUUAUGAUACA